AUGUGGACCAUCAUCAAGCGAUACCAAGUGGGGGACAUCGCCGUGGACGGCGUGUCGGGCAAAGAAGGGCUACUGCUGUGGUGCAAUCAGUUGCUGGCGCCGUUGCAUUUUCACGUGAGCAACUUUACGACCAACUGGAGCAACGGUGUCGCAUUUUGCUACCUCGUACAUGCGUUGCAGCCAGCGUUGUUGCCGAAUGUGGUCGACUGGUGCGAUCUCCAUUCGGCCAUGGAGAACCUUGCGACAGCGUUUUCGCUGCUGGAAGCGCAUUUUGCCAUC